CUGUAUUCUGUUUUCCCGUCGCUAGGUGGCGGUGUUGUCAGUGUGCGUGAAGCAUUUCACACUAGAAGUAUAAACAUCCGGCUCGACUUCCGGUGCUCCUCUUUUAAACGUCCGAGCAAACAUGGGCCGAGUCAGAACCAAGACGGUCAAGAAGGCCGCCAGGGUCAUCAUUGAAAAAUACUACACACGUCUGGGUAAUGAUUUCCACACCAAUAAGAGGGUGUGUGAGGAGAUCUCCAUCAUUCCCAGCAAACCACUGCGCAACAAAAUUGCUGGGUACGUGACGCAUUUGAUGAAGCGCAUUCAGCGAGGGCCGGUCAGAGGAAUCUCUAUUAAGCUGCAAGAGGAGGAAAGAGAGAGGAGAGACAACUACGUUCCAGAGAUCUCUGCUCUGGACCAGGAGCUCAUUGAGGUGGAUCCGGACACCAAGGAAAUGCUGAAGAUGCUGGACUUUGGGAAUCUCUCCAAGCUUCAAGUUACUCAGCCGGUCAUCGGAAUGAACUUCAAAACACCACGAGGACUUUAAGAUUGUUUAUUUACAAACUGCAAAUAAAAUGGAAUUAUUACAAGAA